AUGGCUAGACGAGCGAAGAAUCAUCUCCACGUUGUGGCUAUGGCCUCUGAGGAAGAGAAGCUCACUCGUCGCAAUCCUCUCGGUUUCCCGAUUGUAAGCCCCGGGUUCGAUUUCGGAUCUUUCCACAAAUAUUUCCAGUUUCACAUUUCAAUUCGACUUGGGAGCAAGAGGAACCAGUGCACUGUAAGCAUAUCUAGGCCU